UUAAGUAGUACAUUUAGAAUUGCAUUCUGGAACAGCAGGUCACUUUCUGUGAUCAUGGUACAAUUCCAUGAUGUCACAGCUGAGCAGCCCCUGGAGUCACUGCCUUCCACCUAAUCUGGAGUCACGGAACUGUUUUUGUAAGCUUGAAUGUCUCCUGAUCAGGGAGAUCAAGGAAGCGUAUUUAAUCACCUGGAUUAUUUCUGGUCAAAGUAUUUUUUUAUUGGUCCAGAAACCCCUCAAUCUUUUUUGUCUUGGAAAUAAUUUAGCACUGUCUGUUUUAACACAGAUGAAUUUGUGACUCUAUUAAUAAUUGAUCUUUGACUAACCAGUUUGUUUUUGUUUUUUGUUUUUUUUUUUGGAGGGGCUCUGUAUUUUUUCUAGAAUCGCAGGUCUUUUUAUGCUUUACUGUUCCUCCUGUGAUUUUCUGCUAUUUAAGAGGAGACAGAUAUUUCUGCUUCUCUUAACAUAUUUAGUUCUCUGUCCUUAUUUUUGCAAUGGAUUUUGUUAAGACCAGUCGUUCCUUUAUGCCCCACCAAUAAGCUUCAGGCCAGCAGAAGAUGGUUACUGGCUGUCCCAGCUAUGGAGUCUGAAUCCAAGCUUUUCAAUGGCUCUGAGAAAGAUGUCUCUCUAUCUUCAAGCAAACUUACCAAAAAGGAAUCUCUCAAGGUUCAAAAGAAAAAUUACAGAGAAGAAAAGAAAAGAGCCACGAAAGAAUUGCUCAGCACAAUCACAGACCCAUCAGUUAUUGUUAUGGCUGACUGGCUGAAGAUUCGGGGAACCUUGAAAAGCUGGACCAAACUGUGGUGUGUACUGAAACCAGGAGUGUUGCUUGUUUACAAAACACCCAAGAAUGGCCAGUGGGUGGGCACAGUGCUCCUGAACGCUUGUGAACUCAUUGAGAGACCUUCUAAAAAAGAUGGCUUUUGUUUCAAACUUUUUCAUCCUUUGGAGCAGUCCAUAUGGGCUAUAAAGGGUCCAAAAGGUGAAGCAGUUGGUUCUAUAACUCAGCCACUACCCAGCAGUUACUUGAUCAUCCGGGCCGCUUCAGAAUCAGAUGGCAGGUGUUGGAUGGAUGCUUUGGAGCUGGCUUUGAAAUGUUCAAGUCUUCUUAAACGUACAAUGAUUAGAGAAGGUAAAGAACAUGACUUGAAUUCUUCAAGCGACAGUGCUCAUGUCUCUCUCUAUGGCCUGCUUCGUGCUAACAACUUAAACAGUGGAGACAACUUACCGUUAAAUGACAGUGAAAUCGAAAGGCAUCACUUUAAAGACCAAGAUAUGUACUCUGAUAAAUCUGAUAAGGAAAAUGAUCAUGAACAUGAUGAAUCUGAUAAUGACGGAUUGGGGAAAAGUGAAGAAAGUGAUAGCGACACUUCAGAGCGACAAGAUGACUCUUACAUUGAUCCAGAGCCAAUUGAUAUCAAAGAAACAACUUACUUAGAACAAAGUCAUGAAGAACUUGGAGAGGCAGGGGAGGCUGCUCAGACAGAAGUAGUGUCUGAAGAAAACAAAAGUUUGAUCUGGACGCUUCUGAAGCAAGUCCGUCCAGGAAUGGACUUAUCCAAGGUUGUACUGCCUACAUUUAUCUUGGAGCCUCGUUCUUUCCUUGACAAGCUCUCUGAUUACUACUACCAUGCAGACUUCCUAUCCGAAGCUGCUCUUGAAGAGAAUGCUUACAACCGCAUGAAAAAAGUAGUGAAGUGGUAUUUGUCUGGAUUCUACAAAAAGCCAAAGGGACUAAAAAAGCCGUACAAUCCUAUACUUGGUGAGACUUUCCGCUGUAUGUGGAUUCAUCCAAGGACAAACAGCAAGACUUUUUACAUUGCAGAACAGGUAUCCCAUCAUCCCCCAAUAUCUGCCUUCUACGUUAGCAACCGCAAGGACGGUUUUUGCCUUAGUGGUAGCAUUCUGGCCAAAUCCAAAUUCUAUGGGAAUUCAUUAUCUGCCAUACUGGAUGGAGAAGGACGGCUGACAUUCCUAAACAGAGGAGAAGAUUAUGUCAUGACUAUGCCAUAUGCUCAUUGCAAAGGAAUUCUUUAUGGCACAAUGACCUUGGAGCUUGGGGGAACGGUCAACAUCACCUGUGAAAAAACUGGCUACAGUGCUACAAUUGAAUUCAAGCUAAAGCCAUUUUUAGGUAACAACGACAGCGUUAAUCAAAUAUCAGGGAAAAUUAAGCUUGGCAAAGAAGUUCUGGCUAUUCUGGAGGGCCACUGGGACAGUGAAGUUACUAUUAGGGACAAGAAGACUGAUGUUUCAGAGACGUUCUGGAACCCAACGUCUGAUAUCAAGCAGCGUAGAUUGCCGAGAUACACUGUGAAGUUUGAAGAGCAAGAUGACUUUGAGUCAGAGAAGCUUUGGCAACAAGUGACUAAAGCAAUAAAUAAUAAAGACCAAACAGAAGCUACUCAAGAGAAAUACGUUUUGGAGGAAGCUCAGAGGAAGAGUGCCAAAGAGAGGAAACUUAAGGGUGAAGAGUGGACGUGCAAGCUGUUCGAUCAGGAUUCAGUCACGGGAGAAUGGCACUACAGAUACGCCGAUACCAGGCCGUGGGACCCUUUGAAUGAUAUGAUUCAGUUUGAAAAAGAUGGCACAAUCCAAACUAAAGUUCGUCAUCGCACACCAAUGGUUAGUGUUCCAAAAAUCAAACGAAAACCAACCAGCCAGAAGAAAGGGGAGUGUGGUUUCUCAUCCCCCGAGCCUGAUAAUCAGGAUUCCUCUGGGAGUGAAGCGCAACUUAUGAAGCACAAUACAAGAAUAAGGAAAAAGGGAGCAGACCUUGGUGAACUGCAGAGUGCCAUUGAAUCUAUAAAGGAAACACAAGAAGACAUUAAGAGGGACAUAAUGGCUCUGAGAAAUCGAGUCACUUCUAAUUCCCCACCUGCGGACAACCAGUUUUUGCAGCUGAAGCACUAUAUCUUCAUUGUAAUCCUGGUUCUGCUACAGCUUAUCAUCAAUUUCUUAUUCAAAUAGGAAGCAUGAACAAGGGCCUUUCUGAACUGGAAUGAUCAGACUCUUACUGGGGACCAUAUUUUAAGUUGGACUUUAAAUGAUGCAAUAUUAUCUAAAAGAGCCUUGUAGCAACAACUUGCAGAACUUUUUGCCUCAGAGUCCAUGGUUCAGAAUCAUCCUCCCGUCUACCCAGUUGAAGUAAGAAUCGUGUAAGUGCCAGUACACUCUUGCUCCUGGUGUGUGCCUCUGUCUCAGACAUACAGCAUCAGCCUUGUGUUUUGUAUUACCAUGCUGUUCUGAUGAAUCUUCACCACAGAAUAGAUACAUUCACAGUUCAGAGGUCAGGCGCUGUAGGUUGGACCUGAUUCCCGUUUUGGUAAUGUAAUAAACAAGCAGACUUUGUUACGUUUAAACUUACCAUUUUUGUAACAAAGUAACUUUUAAAGUAGCCAGGCUCACCGACAUUGUUUUGUAAAUGGAGUUGGGUGUUUGGAUGUGAGCUUUUAUUUAAGGUCAAAUGAAAACACUGUUAUACAAAGGUCAGGGCUGGUAGGAACUGGCGAGUACAAAGCUGAAGUCUCUGGGAAUUCUGCAGUUUUCUGUCCUUGGUUUGUUUUGGCAGCAUGACAGUUAAUGUCCUGAAUUACCACAGUGGCUUAUGAGCCAGUUUUAUUUUAUUGUAUAGUUUAAAACUUCAGGUUCUUCACAGAAACAUUCCUGCAUCUGCUGUACAGAGCAUGUUUUUAAUAGCGCGGCACGUGGGAAGGUGUUGUCUUUGUACACUCGCACUCAUGAACUGCAAAUACUGAGGAUUUAGGGUUUGUUUUUUUAAGUCUUGAUAAAUCUGACGGUCCUGAGUUUAUACUGGGGUCCGGCUGCGUCUCAGUACGAAGGCAGCUACCAAUGCCAGGGAUCUUUCUUACUUCAGGAACAAAAUAUGAAGGUGGAAAGUUGGGCUUAGUGUAUAGCAUGAGCUGAGCUUCCCAUAGGAGAGACCAUGUGGGACAGAAUUUGGCCACUGUCAGCAGGUCACCUGCAAAUGAAAAUGUGUGUUUACAAGGGAAAUGGCUUCAGAAAUGGUGGGAUGGCUAACGAAACAAAAAUAAGAACAAAUGAUCAUGAAGUAGUUUGUUACAUUCACAGUAUAUAGAUGCUACCUGAGUAAUCAGAGCAACUAUUCAUUAUCUGCAGCCACACCAAGUCAUGUGAAGUUGAAAUCUGGAGUUAAAACCAGGGCUUGUGAUGUUUUGUUGGAAGAACAACGUGCUUGUACAGAACUCACAGAAUUUCAGCUAGGAAAGUGGUAGCGGUGUUGAUCUGAUGAAGUCCUCCCGGCAGUCAAGCCUUUCCAUGUAUAUGUCAAGCCAAAAAGUAGCCGUAGUAUUUAUUGUAAAGCUACUUUCAGCAACCCAGAUAGGACAGCAGGAAGAUGGGAGAUGCAACACUAAACUAUAGCCAAGUUUGUUUUCGCUGGAUCCUCUCUGAAAUCAAAUGGAAAGUUUGGAGCUGCCAUGGCCUUGGGCAGCCUCAGUAACUGUGCAGGUGAUCUCACCUUCUGUUCUGCAUCAGUCUUGUCCAGCAUUUGGUGAACAUUCUAUUUACUUAAAGGUAGUCAGGCUCGUUUGUUCCCAUGGCUGACAUCUUCACAGCGCUCUGUUUCAUCUUGCCCCUUUGGACCUCAGCUAUAUGGAAGUUCACUGCUUUAAGCAGUCACUUCAGCUUGUUCCUUACAGCUUUGUAUUAGCAUAGGUUGUUCUGGAAUCAGUUUUUGCAAUGUGGACUCUAUCAUGAGAUAUAUGAUGAGGUGGAAAGUUCCUUACUGUUAAGUUUUGUGUCCCUGAGUUAAGUCUCCAACAGAAGCUGUUUGCCAUAUAUAAAAUGGCAUGAGAAAAGCAGAAUACUAUAGUAUUAAUUUAAUCCACUCGGCAUGGAAUUGGGCCAUUCGUUACAGUGUUCAAAUGUCAAAGCUUCAUCUGUCUUAAUGAUCCAUUACAGGUUCCUAAGCAUACGCAGUGUGUGGGAGUAAUAUGAAAGGAAACGAGUGAGGUAAAAAUAAAAUCACAAUUUGAGCAAUAACUUUAAUCCCCUAAAAUAGCUCUGCUAAAUUCGUGGUGCUGAAACUCUUGACUGACAGCGACAAGCUUUUUAUCUGCCUUGUAAAUGGAAAUGUCCUUCUGCUCUUUUGUUUUGACUUUAAUCCUUCUGUUUAAGAUCAGUCUCUAACACAGACUGCAUGUAUUUUUACAUGCACUGUUCAUGGGUUUGACCCGGCCGGUGUCGGGCAACAUCAGACUAAACCAGUGUUCGAUAUCUGCAAUCAGCGUGUGGCUGAUGUUGAAUGUGGAAUACCUAAUGCUGAGCCCUGUGUGAGUUGUAGAACACACUGUACAGCUUGCAGAUGUGUGAGGGCUGUAGCUUCCCAGUUUUUAUGAUUAAACAGCACUUGUUUUCACAUUUGAUUUAGAGAUCUGGAGGGGGUGGUUGUUUUUUCUUGUACGGGAGACACGGUCAGAAAUUGUUGCCAUGUGGUUUUAUUGUGUUGUUUUCAGAUACACUCUAAGCCUUUAAUUUGCCAUUAGGUACCGAUAGCCCUAGCUAGGUGCACAUGGCCUGGGUUAACAGAGCAAAUGUGAGGUGCCAUAGGGCACUGUUUCAACAGCAGAUGAUGUGCAUUUCACAGCUGGGUGUCUUUUAAAGACGAGGCGUUGCUGAGGGCAAAGCCUGCUUUCCCCUCCAGUUUAACCUGGUCAAGAAAUGAUCUCAUAGGUCUUCCUUCCAAAUGUGAUAAUGGUGGUUCCUCUUGCUCUCCUCUUUGUUUGCUGCCCUCCUGUGCCUUUGGGAUUUCCUUUACUUCUUAUUUUCCCAGCCUGGUGUUUAUGGAGCGGACUCUUGGUUCCAUGUGUAGAGUGUUUUCUUAAGAAGCUGUUACUUCACCUGUGUAUGUAAAUAACGGAUAACAGGGGUUCUGUACAUCUGGACGUUUUAUCGGGUUUUAAGGGUACCCUCCGAGCGGGUUGAAGCUUUGUAAAAACAGUGCCUUCCCGAGGGGUUUCGUGCAACACGUUCCCGGACACGGUUUGUCAAGUUUUGUGCCAUAUGUAACACCCGACCUUUCGUCAAGGCUUGCGUGUUUGAAACUAGCUCCCCUGCUGCGCCCGACCCUCCGGUUACAAAUAAAGACCUAAAACACA